AACAGCUGGGAAACUGCAGGAGAUGGCCAAGUGAGAAACCGUAAUGAUGUGCUGUGCCUGCAUACUGCUGCUCAUGGCUGUGACUCCUUUUUUUAAACAUUUGUCCUGCUGAGGAGCAUGCAUGUGUCCCUUUAUCUUCAGUGGGUUCAUAAACUUGUUUUGCCAGAGAAACCUAUAUGGUACGUGUAAACGUUGGAGCUGAGCAGGCUUGCAGCUUGGCCACAUGUGGGUUGGUGUGUGCUAAUGGGAAGAGGCAUUUAACCUCGGCUGAAGCUAUUGCGUUUGGAGGCAGGUGGUACACCCAGAGAGAGAAGUGAGGUGUUCCUUGCAUCCCAUGGGAGUUACAGCUGGAGGUGGGGGUGCCCAGAAGCUGGCCUUGGGCAGGGCACAGUCUGAGGUGUCCAAGGGGUGUCUGUCUGAAAAACAUUGGCCAAUGCACAUUGGGUUGUGUCUGACAAAAGGAGUACUGCUGGAGCAGGCAGAGCAUGUAUAGAUUCCACCUACUGGCCAUGGUGCUUCAGUCUAAUUAGACGUCAAACUAGAGAUUUAACCGCUUAAGUUUAAAUGCACAAUUGAAGGGGGGGAAGGUGGUGUCCCGUCAAAGGGAAUUCUUGUAAGUUGCUUGCCCACUUCAGUGGCACUGAGGCUUGGACACGGGAUGUGAUAAAUGGGCACAGCAGGGCUGGAGCAGGUUUAGUGCCUUGCAGAGUCAGGCCUAAAGACCAUAGCGGGGCAGCUUUGUUAGGAGCAGACAUGACCGUAAGCUGCUUCUCACACUCUGUAGUCGCUACAGGGUAGCUCUCUUCUCUAAAGCUUACAGAUAAAUAAUUAAAAGAUUUGAAUGUGAUAUCUUAAAGUUUUUAAAAGCCAGGAAGCAUCUAUUUCCAUUGGAAAGGCAAUGUGAGACUCAAUUACUUUGCUUUAAAAGGUCCCAAGCUGGUCGUCCAGGCAGGGGAAAUGCUGGCCCUUUUUUACUGUUGUUCCUAAACAACUAGCACAGUCUCUUCUCCCCAUUUUACACCUUGCCCAGACCUGAAGGGGUUACGUUUUAAAAUGAAUAAUGACUAAAUUUAUUCAUCAUGGACAAAUGAUGACAGCUGUUGAGAUGCUCCUGUUAGCGCUUCCCAGGGGAUGAAGUCAGGCUGGUUCCUAGUGCAAGCCAGCCCAGCCAGGCAGACUCAGCUCGUCUUCAUCCUGGAUUAUUUGUCCCGGGUUCCCCUUGCUACCAGGGAAUUUCCUUCUGAGAAGUGAACCCAAAGUUCCCUGGGCUGAAAUGGGUGUUGAUGAGAAUCCCGCAGAGCCACAGUCGUAGAGAGAGGACUGAAGCCAUAGCUGUUUAAAUCCACGUGUGAAGACAGCAUGCUUAAUGAAUACGAGGGGCAAUGAUUGAUUAUGUUCUGGACUGAAAGCCGCGGCGCUCUGUGAAGCACUGUUACAUCUGGGCACGCUAUGGAAAAUAUGAAGGAAUGUUGAGGAAGCUUAUUUGCAGAAGGAUAUGUACUUAUAAAAUUUUUGAUGAUGAAGACUCCGUGGAUGGGAACAGACCUUCCUCAGCUAGCUCCUCUACAUCUUCAAAGGCCCCUGCAAACUCACGCAGAGUUGGAAUGGGGACUACCCGCAGGCUUGGGUCUGCAGCUCUGGGCUCCAAGUCUUCAACAGCCAAAGAGGGAGCAGGUGCUGUGGAUGAAGAAGACUUCAUUAAGGCAUUUGAAGAUGUCCCAACGGUUCAGAUUUAUUCUAGCCGGGAUCUUGAAGAAUCCAUAAACAAAAUAAGAGAGAUACUAUCAGACGAUAAGCACGACUGGGAACAGAGAGUUUCUGCGUUGAAAAAGAUCCGUUCCUUACUUUUGGCUGGAGCUGCAGAAUAUGAUAACUUCUUCCAACACUUAAGACUUUUGGAUGGAGCAUUUAAAUUAUCUGCUAAAGACCUGCGGUCUCAAGUAGUACGAGAGGCUUGUAUCACAUUGGGACAUUUGUCAUCAGUUCUGGGAAACAAGUUUGACCAUGGGGCUGAAGCCAUUAUGCCAACAAUUUUUAAUCUAAUUCCAAACAGUGCCAAAGUCAUGGCCACUUCUGGUGUUGUAGCAGUUAGAUUAAUCAUUCGACAUACGCACAUCCCUCGAUUAAUACCCAUCAUAACCAGUAAUUGUACCUCCAAGUCUGUUGCAGUUAGAAGGCGCUGUUUUGAAUUUUUAGACUUGCUGUUGCAGGAGUGGCAAACACACUCCCUAGAAAGACACAUAUCAGUGUUAGCUGAAACGAUAAAGAAGGGAAUUCAUGAUGCAGACUCUGAAGCCAGGAUAGAGGCAAGAAAGUGUUACUGGGGUUUUCACAGUCACUUCAGCAGAGAGGCAGAGCAUUUGUACCACACCUUGGAGUCUUCCUACCAGAAGGCCCUGCAGUCACAUUUGAAGAACUCUGACAGCAUUGUGUCCUUGCCACAGUCAGAUCGCUCCUCCUCCAGCUCCCAGGAGAGUCUCAACCGUCCAUUGUCUGCCAAAAGAAGUCCUACUGGAAGUACUACAUCUAGAGCAUCUACAGUAAGUACAAAAUCUGUGUCAACACCAGGAUCUCUGCAGCGAUCCCGCAGUGACGUCGAUGUGAAUGCAGCAGCUAGUGCCAAGUCAAAAGUGACGUCUUCUGGAGCAUCCACCCCCUUCAGUUCUGCUGCAGCCUUGCCCCCAGGCUCAUACGCAUCACUAGGUCGGAUUCGUACAAGGAGACAGAGCUCUGGCAGUGCCACAAGCGUCACCUCAACGCCUGCCGACACCCGAGGCCGCAGCCGGGCUAAAGUAGUUUCCCAGUCCCAGCCUGGUAGUCGGUCUAGUUCUCCGGGUAAGCUGUUAGGAAGCGCCUAUGGCGGCCUGAGUGGUGGAACGUCCAGAGUCCAGCCGGUGCCAUCAUCUUCAGAGAAGCGCAGCAAGAUCCCUCGGAGCCAGGGAUGCAGUCGAGAGACAAGUCCCAACAGAAUAGGACUAGACCGGUUUGGACUCGGACAGCCAGGCAGGAUGCCUGCUUCUGUGAAUGCCAUGCGAGUCCUGAGCACAAGCACAGAUCUGGAGGCUGCUGUGGCUGAUGCACUGCUGUUAGGAGACUCCAGGAGCAAGAAAAAGCCAGUGAGAAGAAGAUAUGAACCCUAUGGGAUGUACUCCGAUGAUGAUGCUAACAGCGAUGCAUCAAGCGCAUGCUCGGAGCGCUCCUAUGGUUCCCGGAAUGGGGGCAUUCCACACUACCUGCGACAGACUGAAGAUGUGGCCGAGGUCCUGAACCACUGUGCCAGCUCCAACUGGUCUGAAAGGAAAGAGGGGCUCAUAGGUCUUCAGAACUUACUGAAAAGCCAGCGGACACUGAGCCGAGUCGAGUUAAAAAGGCUGUGUGAAAUAUUUACUCGCAUGUUUGCUGACCCUCACAGCAAGAGAGUCUUCAGCAUGUUUCUGGAAACCCUGGUUGAUUUCAUCAUCAUUCAUAAAGAUGACUUGCAGGAUUGGCUUUUUGUUCUCCUGACCCAGCUGCUAAAGAAAAUGGGAGCAGAUUUGCUGGGGUCUGUGCAGGCGAAAGUUCAAAAAGCUCUGGAUGUCACCAGGGAUUCUUUUCCAUUUGAUCAACAGUUUAACAUUUUGAUGAGAUUUAUUGUAGAUCAAACCCAAACACCAAACCUGAAGGUGAAAGUUGCUAUCCUGAAGUAUAUUGAGUCCUUGGCAAGACAGAUGGAUCCAACAGACUUUGUGAACUCCAGUGAGACAAGACUUGCUGUAUCUAGAAUUAUAACUUGGACAACAGAACCAAAGAGCUCAGAUGUGAGAAAGGCAGCACAAAUAGUCCUGAUUUCUCUCUUUGAAUUGAACACUCCCGAGUUUACCAUGUUACUUGGUGCCUUGCCAAAAACAUUCCAGGAUGGUGCUACCAAGCUUCUGCACAACCACCUCAAGAACUCCAGUAACACCAGUGUGGGUUCCCCCAGCAAUACCCUCGGUCGGACUCCUUCCCGUCACUCCAGCAGCAGAACCAGCCCCUUGACUUCACCUACCAACUGUUCCCACGGUGGACUGUCUCCAAGUAUGCUGGAUUAUGACACGGAGAACCUAAAUUCUGAUGAAAUCUACAGCUCUCUUCGUGGAGUCACAGAAGCGAUUGAAAAAUUUAGUUUCCGUAGUCAAGAGGACCUGAAUGAGCCAAUCAAACGUGAUGGAAAGAAAGACUGUGACAUUGUGUCUCGAGAUGGUGGUCUCGCUGUGCCUACCAGUGAUGUCCGUGGAAGCAGUGACAUUGUGGAAGGCGGAAGGAUGGCUCUAGAUAACAAAACCUCCCUACUUAACACCCAGCCUCCUCGCGCCUUUUCAGGGCCACGUGCUCGAGAAUAUAACCCCUAUCCUUAUGCUGACACAAUUAACACUUAUGACAAGACUGCCCUGAAGGAAGCAGUGUUCGAUGAUGACAUGGAUCAGCUUCGGGAUGAAGUACCCAUUGACCAUUCAGAUUUGGUGGCUGAUCUUCUGAAAGAGCUCUCCAACCACAACGAGCGGGUGGAGGAGCGGAAAGGAGCUCUCCUGGAACUGCUAAAGAUCACAAGGGAAGAUAAUCUCGGAGUUUGGGAGGAACAUUUCAAAACCAUCCUGCUCUUGUUGCUGGAAACGCUUGGAGACAAAGAUCAUUCAAUAAGAGCUCUGGCACUGCGAGUCCUGAGAGAGAUCUUGCGAAACCAGCCAGCAAGGUUUAAGAACUAUGCGGAGCUGACCAUCAUGAAAACACUGGAAGCACAUAAGGAUUCCCACAAGGAGGUUGUUAGAGCUGCUGAAGAAGCUGCUUCCACCCUGGCGAGUUCCAUCCAUCCCGAGCAAUGCAUCAAGGUGCUUUGCCCCAUCAUUCAGACUGCAGAUUAUCCAAUUAAUUUAGCUGCCAUCAAAAUGCAGACAAAAGUCAUCGAGAGGAUUUCCAAGGAAUCGUUGCAUCAGCUCCUUCCUGAUAUCAUUCCUGGGUUGUUACAGGGUUAUGAUAAUACGGAGAGCAGCGUCCGUAAAGCUAGCGUAUUUUGCCUAGUGGCAAUUUAUUCAGUAAUUGGAGAAGAACUGAAACCUCAUCUCGCACAACUCACAGGAAGCAAGAUGAAGCUACUAAACUUGUACAUAAAGAGGGCCCAGACCACCAACAGCAACAGCAGUUCCUCUUCAGACGUUUCAACGCACAGUUAAUGGAGAUAUGUGGACAUAUGUGUAGACUUAGAAGCAAUCAACGGUGCCUCUCAGAGACCUUUCUGCUACUCUUCACUGGCGCGCUCCAUCAGCUCAAGGAGGCCAUGCAGAUAUUUAUUGCAAUCAGUAUUUUAGUCCCUUAAAAGCUUUUAUGUAGAAUCUUACUGGUAUUGAAUGUAAAGGAAGCAAGGUCUGUGUUGCAGUCUUCAUUAAAAGUGAACAACAGAAAGCCAUACUUAAACAUAUUUGUAUAGCCUGCUGAAAUCUCGGAAAUAUGUUUAGGUUAGCGUUCCAAAACAGUCCAAGAACGUGGACACGCAUAAAGGUCAAACAAAUCUUGUCGGCUUAGUUCAUACCCACUUUUGGUUUCUAUGUGCUAGCUACCUGCUCUCCCUGUGGCCGCAGCCGUUCUGGCUAGGUUCUCCUCUUCUUACAAGUCUUGUGGUCCUGUUUUGUACUCCCUGUUGCAGUUUGCCCAAUGUGCAGGGCUCUCCAUGGGGAGAUCAUUGCAGAUGUGGCUGUGAUUCCAGCCUCAGACGCUUUAAUACUGAGAGAUAUCAAGUGAGUAAUGAAAAAGUAGGUUCUUUUUAAACAUCUGAGUUUUUGUACAUAGUUCUUCAGACAGACCUCCGAUGGGCCGAUUUUUUUCUGUAACUGCUCUCCAGCCAGCUGUGCUGUGCAAAGCAGCUGGGAUCUUGCUCCUUUCAUUGACUCUGUAAAUAUUUCUCCCUCAUAACCCAUUUGGAUCUUUCAUAUGCUCAAAAGACUCUCCAGGUUACUUGUUACUCCCCAAAGGGAACCUGAGACUCAGUUUUGGGAGUGAUGCCUGUGAUGGGACACUGGAGUUAGGUGGGUGGGUGUUGGAUUAGGCUCCGAGUGUGUCCAUGGGUGGACGGUGGGAGCUGGCAGGGCUGUAUCUCAGUGCUGCCUGGUGAGGCUAGCUGCAUUUUUCUUGAAGUCUGUAGCAUCAAAGGGCUGAUCUGCUGCUCUGACCUGACCCACUGAUGUUGGGUGGUGAAUGGCUUUGUCCCCACAACUCCUUUUUGCUUUGGACAAAAUGUUCAUCCCAGAGGACAGAAAGGGCAUCUGAAACUGAACAAAAAGACCCCGUGGAAGCACCUGCUGAGCCAGCUGGGACAGUGCCUGCCACAGCUCCCCUCCAUGCCUGAAGAGCCUGCAGUAGGAACCCCCUUCUUCCUGGCCAGCCCCGUGCACAGCCCUGUUGGGUGCUCUGCAUUUCGGAGGAGUGCGGAGGGCCCUCGAUGGGCACCGCUGUCAGCAGGGUGCUCUUGGGUGAGGGUGCAGCAGGGCAAAUCUGAUGGCACAGACCAAGUCAGAGCUGAACCAGCAGCAAUCAAAUACCCUGGGCUGGAUCCUCGCUGAUGGGCAUGCCCACCCCAAACCUGCAGUGGAUUAGAACUGGGUUUUUGCCCCCAGUACAAGAGGGUGGUAGACCUGCAGCUUGCGACCACAGCUGUGGUUGGUGGUGGGUGUGUGCUCCCUGGCUGUUCUCGGUGCCUUGGUCUCUCUGCAGCUCCCCUCCAUUUCCCUUUUGGGGAGCUGCAGGGACACCUUGGUAGCCUACCGAGAACAUGAGCGUUUUCAGCACUGCAGUGGGGAGGGUAAAGCCCCCUCCCAUUCCAUCAGUGCAUCCCUGUGUGUCUCAGCCCCAGCCCUGAGGAGCCAUGCUGGGAGCUCCCCUCCCCAUCCCCAGAUCAAGAGGGGUUGUGGCUGGUGGGGAUUGUGUGGGAUUGGUCUGCAAAGCUUGUUGGUCCCUUUCCCUGCUUGACAUGAGAGCAGAGUUGGUGACCUGCUCCUGAGUUUGUCAGGAAGUGCCAGGCUUUUGCUGGCUGCAGGGCUAGUUCCCUCAUCUUUCCCAAUGAGUAACGCCAUGGCAGGAGAAACCGUGCGAUCCUGGUGGGUGGGAUUCCCCCAGGGUCUUCCUGCAGGCUCAGAAAAGCCGUCCUCACUAGAGGGAGGAUUGGCUGCUCCGUGGUUGGCGUCUCCCUUUCUGUGGACCAUUCCUUUUCUCAACAUCUUUCAGUAUGCUUGUUAGAAUAUUCUUUUUUAAUUUUUUGAAUGAUUCAAAUUGGUUUAGUUUAACAUGAAUUUAUUUUCCCUUUUGAGGAAAAAUUCAGCCGACUUGUUGGCAGCAGUUAGCUGUCCUGUUUGAAUUUUUAGUAGUGUGGGUGGUUUUUUUUUUUUUAAUUUGUACUCUAACAACUUAGUAUUUAUGCCUCUCUUUCUACCCAUCUCAGUUCAGCAUCUUCUGUUCCAGCUGUGGGUUUCAGAAGGUCAGCAUAGCUGACCAAGCGGCGUUUAGUCCCUCCCAGCUGUGAUGGAGCUUGGUCCAUCACAGUUUGCUGUUUGUUGGUUGGUUUGUGUUUUUUGGGGUUGUUUUUUGUUUUUUUUUUUUUUUUAUGGCACACUGUAGCAAAUCUCCAGGAAUUGAAUUCCUUCUCAAAUGAUUUUAUAUAUUUUAUAAAAUCCUGUUAGUAUGCACUGAGAGUGAACGCACUGUAACGUCCCUGAACUGACCCUAGCGCGUGCGCUGGCACUACAGUAGGCGUUAACAGCUCGUCCUUCAAAAGACGCGUGCAACCUGCUGCGACUCCAGCGAUGAGCGUGUAUUUUCCGAUGCUAUUGGCACACUUGGGGCUGCAAAUGGUAGAACCAGGCCUUACUUUCUGAAUCAGAUUCUGUUCUGUCAACAGAUGCUCAUUAACGUGCUACUUAAUUUCGUUAUGUGAGUCAGUCGAGGACUGUUCAUCCUUUGAGUACUCUAGAAGUAUGUUAUACCUGUAUACAGUAGAGAGCAUUCUGCUUAGGUAUUUAUAAGUCAUUGCGUAUAAUGUACAUAGUAAGGUUGUUUAGUAUGUUGAACAUGACCCGAUUUUGUUUUUAUUUCUGUUUCCUUUGAAGUACUCAAAGGGCUAGCUCCGAAUGUCACCUCUCUGAUCUCCAGUGUUCUGACUUCAACAAGCUGUACAAUCAUUUUGGUUUCUAUUCAGUGAGCAUAAAGGUCUCUCUGGCUACAAAUCACAGUGUCCACGCAUGCUUGCAGAGAAAGAUCUGCGUGCUGGCAGUGCCUCACCACACCGGUGAAGCUUCUGUUCACGUUCUCCCAGCAGUAGCCACCUACUGCAGCUGCCUUUUUUUUUCCUUGCUGCCCAUUAUGCAGGGCUUCAAUUUUUCGUACCUUUAAAAAAAAAAAAGGAGGAAAAAAAAAAAAGAAAAGUGUAUUUUAUUUGCCCACCAUGCUUUACAAGUCUGAAUGAGAGAAGACUCUCAGCAGACAGCGGCUCCUGGCUGCAAGGUUGCCGAAAUCUCAGAUGUGGAUGUUUUUUCUGCCAUUGGCUGCACCAGUGCUCCGUGGGCAUGGGCAAAUACUGGAUCCAUCCGCCCCACAGGUCUACGUACUGUAGUUCUCAUGUAGUGCAGAAAUAUCGAGGCAUGUGGCUUUCUUAAGGUACACUAUGUGUGCUUGCCUGGGUUACAAUACAAUACGAGACUGUCUUUUUUUAUUGCUUACUACUAGCUUACCAAUAACCUGUAUAAGUAACGUAACUCGCAUCUUUGUCAUCAAAACCUUUUCUCCCCACCCCUUUAUUUAUCAAGCAUAAUAUUACAUAUUAAGGGACAGAAAAAUAGACCUUUGUAGAAUACAGCAGGACAUUGCUAACAAUGUUUUAAAUGGGAAGUAAAAACUGCUCUGAAAAAUGCCAGCGAUGACAAAUGACUUUGUUGGCACCGUGUUCAUGCGCAUGUAUUUUUUUCUAUUU